UGUCAAAUGAAACCCCGAAAGAGUACGGGACCAGACAAGGUUAAUUGGUUCGUCUGCCGCAUUCAGUGCAUCUGGGCGGGCACGUGCAACCCCGAUUCCGAUUAGGUCGGAGCGGCAGUGGACCAACCGGGGAAAGACCCUGACCCGAUGCGGCUUAGUGGCUGCUGGACCCUGGCGUUUAGUACGACGUUUGGCUUCCCAUUUCAGGGCACAGUUACAUACACUCCAUACAGCCAUACACCAUACAGUACUACUUGCAGUCUAGUGGUUGUCGGGGUCACCGCCGCUCCCCCUCCACGAACAGUAACCUUCAUCCAUCAACCUUCUGCUCGUCGCCAUGGAAGCUGGGGUGUUUUCUCCACUGCUUCUGUGCCGCAUGCAGUCACUCGAUCUACCCAUCUUUCGAUUUCCCUUCAUCUACUACCCAUCCGAGUAACGAUUAUUCACCUUUCUUCCCGGCGUGGUUGUUUCUCUUUCAUAUCCGCCUUCUCCAUCCAUCCUUUCACCCCCUCACGUCCCGAAUCCAAGACACCCCGAAACUUAGUCUAGGAUCUAGUUUGCAUUCAAACUUGAUUGACCCGUCGCAGUUCACUGGUCCACAACUUCGGCCAACCUUGGGUGACUCCCACGGGAUCGUCUGUAAACGAAGGAACCGUGGUUCCGGCGGGCUGUCAGACUUGUUCUUGAUUUAGAAGCAACACCCUGCGACCUGGUUGGGGCACCAUACUACUACCUGCCCGGAGACCGCUUUUUCUGCCCUUGCC